GGUCAAUGAUGAACAUGAGGUCAGACAGAUUGAAACAGCAUCCAGGAAGCCUCAUAGGCCAGAAACAACAAUCAGAAAAGAAGACCUCUUUAAAAUCCCACCUGGAAAAGAUGAACCAUUCCGAACAAUGAUGACAAAAGGAGUGGCUGGCAUCGGGAAAACAGUCUUAACACAGAAGUUCACUCUGGACUGGGCAGAAGACAAAGCCCACCAGGACAUCCAGCUCAUAUUUCCAUUCACUUUCAGAGAGCUGAAUGUGCUGAAAGAAAAAAAGUUCAGCUUGGUGGAAUUUGUUCAUCACUUCUUCACUGAAACCAAAGAAAUCUUCAGCUUUGAAAACUUCCAAGUUCUGUUAAUCUUUGAUGGCCUGGAUGAGAGUCGACUUCCUCUGGACUUCAACAGCAAGGAGAUCCUGACUGACGCUACAGAGUCCACCUCACUGGAUGUUCUGCUGACAAACCUCAUCAGGGGGAAACUGCUUCCCUCUGCUCUCCUCUGGAUAACCACACGACCUGCAGCAGCCAAUCAAAUCCCUCCUCAAUGUGUUGGCAUGGUGACAGAGAUCAGAGGCUUCACUGACCCACAGAAGGAGGAGUACUUCAAGAAGAGAUUCAGAGAUGUGGAUCAGGCCAGCAGGAUCAUGAACCACAUAAAGACAUCACGAAGCCUCCAUAUCAUGUGCCACAUCCCAGUCUUCUGCUGGAUCACUGCUACAGUUCUGGAGGAUGUGUUGGAGACCAGCGAGGGAGGAGAGCUGCCCAGCACCCUGACUGAGAUGUACAUCCACUUUUUGGUGGUUCAGACCAAACUGAAGAAGGUCAAGUAUGAUGGAGGAGCUGAAAUAGAUUCACACUGGAGUCCAGAGAACAGGAAGACAAUUGAGUCUCUUGCAAAACUGGCUUUUCAUCAGUUGCAAAAAGGAAACCUGAUCUUCUAUGAAUCAGACCUGACAGAGUGUGGCAUCGAUAUAAGAGCAGCCUCGGUGUACUCAGGAGUGUUCACACAGAUCUUUAAAGAGGAGAGAGGGCUGUACCAGGACAAGGUGUUCUGCUUUGUCCAUCUGAGUGUUCAGGAGUUUCUGGCUGCUCUUUAUGUCCAUUUGACCUUCAUUAACUCAAGAAUUAACUUAAUGGAAGACCAACCAUCCAGUUUAAGAAAUUUUGUUAAUUGGAUUUUUUCUAAGUUAAACCUAACAAGGCUCCAUCAGAGUGCUGUAGACCAGGCCUUAAAGAGUCCAAAUGGACACCUUGACCUUUUCCUCCGCUUCCUCCUGGGUCUUUCACUGGAGACCAAUCAAACUCUCUUACAAGGCCUCCUUCCAAAGACAGGAAGUAGCUCACAGACCAAUCAGGAAACAGUUCAGUACAUCAAGAAGAAGAUCAGUGAGAAUGUGUCUGCAGAGAAAAGCAUAAACCUGUUUCACUGUCUGAAUGAACUGAAUGAUCGUUCUCUAGUGGAGGAGAUCCAACAGUCUUUGAGUUCAGAAAGUUUCUCCACAGAUGAACUGUCUCCGGCUCAGUGGUCAGCUCUGGGUUUCAUUUUACUGUCAUCAGAUGAAGAUCUGGAGGUUUUUGACCUAAAGAAAUACAAUGCUUCAGAGGAGGCUCUUCUCAGACUGAUACCAGUGGUCAAAGUUUCAAACAAAGUUCAAUUGAAGGACUGUAACCUCUCAGAGAGAAGCUGUGAAGCUCUGGCCUCAGUUCUCAGCUCUCUGUCCUCUAAGCUGACAGAAGUGGACCUGAGUAACAACAACCUGCAGGAUUCAGGAGUGGAGCUGCUGUCUUCUGGAUUGAAAAGUCCGCACUGCAAGCUGGAAACUCUCAGACUUGGAUCCUGUAAACUCUCAGGGAGAACUUGCGAAGUUCUGUCAUCCGUUCUGAGCUCCCAGUCAUGCUGUCUGAGAGAGAUCGACCUGCAGAACAACAACCUGGGAGAUUCUGGGGAGAAGUUGUUGACCGGUUCAAACUGUACACUGGAGAUAUUCAGGAAGCCUGAUGGAGUCCGAUGGUUGAAACCAGGUCUGAGGAAGUGCUGCUGAGGAGCAGAGCUGCAGCUCAGUCUGUGUCUCCAUCUCUGCUCUGCGUCGCCAUGCUGGCCCUGC